UCAGUGGCAGACACGCGACCUUGUCGUGCUAUAAAAACAUAGUAUUCCCCUCUUAAAAAAAAGUCAGUAUCGUUUCACGAACAAUGUUGACACCACAUAAUUUAAACCGUGAAAAUAUCACGACAACAAUGUCCAGAAGAUUCAACAAUCAAAAUCACGAUUUUCUGCGUUUCAACACAAAAUUGCGUAGAGACGCAGUUAAUAAAAUUAGCGUGAUUAAUAUCAACUCAGACUCCAAGAAGAACGUAACCAACUCACCAAAGAAAGAAGAGAAGAUUCCAACAGUACGAGAAAUUCUAGAAACAUAUUUGGAGAACACUUCCAUUCACGGUUUGCAAUAUUUCGGUAAAACGAACGUAAAUGUCGGAAUUCUUGGGAAAAUCCUGUGGACCUCUACCAUAGUCAUUUGUUUCGUCUGUUUAAGCUUGAUGGUGAUACAAUUUUUACACCGUUACAACGAGAAUCCGACCAACACGUACGUAAAAUCCUUCGACCAGCCAAUAUUCGAAGCGCCGUUUCCCGCUGUAACCAUCUGUCCAUUGAUGCCAAUUCCUUUGAAGAAAAGUUUGGCUAUUUUGGAGAACUCCGUGUUGCCUAAGAACGUGAGCAGGGAAAUUGCUCUAGAGAUUUUAACUUAUGGACACUUUAUAACUGCUCCGUACACCGCUCAAAAGUUCAAAGAAAUGGACAAAUUAAAAGCAUUUCUGGACGCCAAUAAAUGGAGCACGGCGGAAUUUGUGAAAAAUCUAAUCAAUUGCGAGGAUAUUUUCGAAUCGUGUUGGUGGAGCAUGGAACGCAUAGACUGUGCCAAAUCCAUCAAGCCAUCGUAUACUUCUUAUGGAUUAUGUUGUUCCUUUAAUUAUUUCCUCGACAAUUAUGUAAAAUCCCCGAAGAGUCAACAAACGCAGAGGCCUCUGGCAUCCGCCGAUUUUGGUUUAUGGAGCGGUUUAAAACUCGUGAUCAACAAAGAAGUACUGACGUUCACUUCAGACGAUAAUACACGUAAUUUCACGAGACUCAUGAAUAAUAAUGGUAUAGAGGUAUUGAUACAUCAUAGAAUGGGUUUUCCGGGGCUUAAUACUGAUGUGUACACGGUGCAAGCGAAUCAUGAGUUACAGAUCGCUGUGAAACCGCAAUACAUUAAGAAACCGGAAGGACUUCAGCAUCGUAAUAAGGAGAAGCAAUUAGUUCCCAUAUGCAUUGCGGAACAUCAAAACACUUUAGAAUACUUCUCUAUCUAUCAAUACUCAAAUUGUUACGCGAAUUGUAGGAUCAAGGCCAUGAUCCAAAUGUGCGGUUGCUUGCCAUUCAUCUACGACAACAUAGCCGAAUCCUACAACAUCCCGCGAUGUGAGAUAGAACGUCUGCCUUGCAUCAAGGAGAAUGCAAAAUUGAUAGGCAUCGUGAAAGAUAUCAAAAACAAGAAUAUUACUUGCUUAUGCAGGACUCCGUGCGAAAACAUAGACUACGACGGAUACCCAAACUUAAUAUCUCUAGCGAAAUCCAGCUCCUCCAAUACGUCAGACAAGAGAGCUAUAGUUAGAGUCUACAUGUAUUCGCAAUCCUACGAAGUACUGUUAACCCUAUCAGCCGCUGACGAAACUUAUCUCUUAGCAUCGGUCGGUGGAAUCUUCAGCUUGUUCCUUGGCUGCAGCUUCCUCAGCGUCGUGGAGAUCGUUUACUACAUUUACCUGGGUUGUUGCGCAUUUUUCGCACGCAAGAGGCUCGAGGCUCAAACACGCCGGACAACCAACGAGUAUUUCAUAAAUGGCCGUCGACGUGUUUAUUAAAUCUCAAUAAAACUCGUGAACAGAUCCAGCAA